AUGCUCUCGUGGUCCAAUAGCAGCCCCGUCAAGGACUUGCCCGUCUUCGAGCGCUCCGAGGGAGUGUACCUCUAUGACUCGAAUGGAAAGAGAUACCUCGACUGGACUAGCCAGGCGGUGUGCGUGAACUUGGGGUACACCGUUCCAGAGAGUAUCAAGGACCGUGCUGAGUUCGGCAGCGAGAAGAGUGUGCUGGCCUCCUUGGAAGGCCCCUACGGAGCGCAAGAUCCAGGAGCACAAGGAGAAAGUGGGUACGGCGGGUUGGGCCUGGCGCCGGUGCGUGCGAAGCUCGCAAGGCUGAUGGCCGAGAUUUGCCCCGGCGAUUUGAACGGCUUCCUCUUCCCCAGCGGCGGCGGCGAAGCCAACGAGGCCGCGAUCCGCAUGGCGCGGCUCUACACGGGGAAGCAGAAGAUCUUCACCCAGUAUAGGUCCUACCACGGCGGCAGCACGAGCUCGUUGGGCGCUACGGGCGACUUUCGACGUCGCUUCACCGAGUCCAACACCCACGGCUUCGUGAAGUUCUUCAACCCACAGCCCAGUGGCUUCUCAUGGGGUUCCACGGACCAAAGCGCCACCCGGCGGACCUUGGCCACCUUGGAGGAUCAGAUCUUGGCCGAAGGGCCUGACACCAUUGCGGCCAUCAUGGUCGAGAGCCGCGAGCUCGGAGAAUCGGAGAUGGACUGCUUCGGUGUGGACUGCGGAAGCAGCAUCGUCGGCGCUGGCGGUGUCCUGGUGCCGCCCGAAGGAUACAUCGAGGGAGUCCGGUCCCUCUGCGACAAGUAUGAUAUCUUGAUGAUUUGCGAUGAGGUGAUGGUGGGCUUCGGCCGCACGGGACAUUUCUUCGCCUUCCAACACUUCGAAGGCGUGAUCCCAGAUAUGGUGACCAGUGCCAAAGGCCUCACGGGCUCGUACCUGCCUCUCUCCAUGGUGGGUGUGCGGCAGAAGAUCAAGAACUACUUCUGGGAGAAGCCAGUUGGCUGGGGUGCCACAUAUCAUGCACACCCGGUGGCAGUGGCCUGUGCCUAUGAGACAGUGAAGUACAUGCUCAAGGACUUUUCCUCUGAAAUGCUGCGCAUUUCAUGGGCGACAUCUGGCGAAACGCUCGCCAGCUGGAAAGCCGAUGAGGUUGAGGGCACAGCUGUCAAGUUCCUGAAGCAGCGCUUGGCAGAGCAGAUCGGAGUCAGCAGAUUCCGACAGAGAUGGUUUAGUCAUGACUACACGGAAUUCCAGGAUGAUGACGAGCUAACAUUAGAUCUAGAUGUGCAAGUGAUAGUGCUGGAUUUCAUGACGCCCUUACCUGAAGAUCGCAUGCAGCUAGCUUUGGCCUGUGCUGCGAAUGGUUCCCUGGUCCUGGAAGCCUUGCUCCGAGAUCGAUGCCUGCCUCCAGACGCUGCCGACGAGUGCGGGCAGACGGCACUGCAAGUUGCAGCUUCCAAGGGGCAUUUGGAUUGUAUGAGUUUGCUUCUGGAAGCAGGCGCGGAUCAGAAUAAGCAGGACUCCCUAGGGCAAACAGCGUUGCAUCUGGCAUCAGAGGCAGGACGGCAAGAAGCUGUCCAACUUUUACUUGAGAAUGGAGCUGAAUCCGAACUUGUGGCCGGAUAUGACGAGGAGACGCCUUUGCAUUUGGCAGCUCUUGCAGGCUGUACUGAGGUGGUGAGACUGUUGCUUGAGCAUGGAGCGGAUAGAGACUGUGUCACCAUCAAUGGUGAAGCUGCCUUGCAUUUAGCGGCCAAGGCAUCUGAGGUGGAGGUUGUUCGGCUGUUGCUUGAGGAUGGGGAUGACAAGGACAAGGCCCAAUCUCUUUCCGGCGCAACUGCUUUGCAUUUGGCCGCUGGUUAUGGCAGCGCUGAAGUUGUGGAGCUGCUACUGGAAGCGAAAGCUGACCAGGACAAGACAGCAUUAUGUGGGAAGACAGCCUUGCACGAGGCAGCCGAGGUUGGUCAGCUGAAAGUUGUAAGACUGUUGCUUCAGGCUGCUGUUGACAUGAACAAAGUUACAAGAUCCGGAACGACUGCUUUGCAAUUGGCAUUGGUCUUUGGUCAUCAAGAAGUCGCGGAGCUUUUGCAGACCCACGCGGAGCUUGAGUCACUGGGGGCGGAGUGGAAGACCAGCGGAGUCGUUCCCCAAUAAAACGACCGAUUCGCGCCGCGGGCGGUGGUGGAGCGGCCUGGGCUCCAGUCGUAGCUUCGUUUCGUUUCGAAGGGACUGGGCUGGGUGGACUACAGGAGGGUUCCAAUAGCUUUU